CAGGUACAAUCGACGGCUCGUAGGCCAUGUGUGGGGUCAUCUCCAUCCUCCUCACGAAGACUUGUUACUGUCCGCGUCCGCAGCUGAUAUAAAUCACCACCUCUCUAUUGCUAAAAUGAGUUGCUCAGAAUCUAUCCGUUUGAAAAUUUGGCUUUAGAGUAAUGGAGAAGAACGUAGAAUCAGACCCGAACCCGCCUCUGGCGUCGGGACCCGAAUUUCCGCCGGCUACAACUCCGGCAGACGUUAAAAAUGACGUCGCUCUAGAGAAAUCUGUGGUUCCACCACCUGAAGUGAAGGCCGACGAAUCCAAAGCUCUCGCUGUAGUUGAGAAGACUCCAGAUUCUGCAGCCAAAAAAACUUCAGGAGGAUCUUUUGAGAGAGAUGUUGCUCUCGCAAAUUUGGAAAAAGAAAAGCAGUUGUCUUUUAUUAGGGCAUGGGAAGAAAGUGAAAAAUCGAAAGUAGAUAACAAGGCCCAGAAAAAGCUUUCUGAUGUUUGUGCAUGGGAAAACAGCAAGAAAGCAGCUGUUGAAGCUAAUCUGAAGAAGAUUGAGGAAGAAUUGGAGAAGAAGAAGGCAGAAUAUGCAGAGAAAAUGAAAAACAAAGUAGCAUUGAUUCACAAGCAAGCAGAAGAAAAGAAGGCAAUGAUUGAAGCCAGACGCGGGGAAGAAUUUCUUAAGGCGGAGGAGAUGGCUGCGAAAUUCCGUGCAACUGGGCAGACACCAAAGAAGGUCCUUGGAUGCUUUGGGGGUUAAAAUUCUUGGGCAUGAUAUGAAAGUACUAAAAGAACUCAAUUUUGUUCAAUCUGUCUACCCUUUUUCUUUUGGUUAUUUUUGUUUUGUGUGUUGAUCUGGUUGGGCCAUAAAGGUUCAUUAGUGUGUUUGUAAAGUAUAAAGCAUAUUUAAUUAAUGAGUAAAAGCUUGAUAUUAA